AUGUUUUUUGCAGCACAUUGGACGAAGGUGUAUUUGGAAGGAGAACUGCUGGGUGCAGGAGGAUUUGGUUGUGUGUUUGCUGGGAUACGGAAAGAAGACGGAUUGCCAGUUGCAAUCAAGUUUGUCUCCAAGACAAUGCCCUAUGAAAAACUGCAGCUUACAGGAUAUGGAUGGCUCCCCACUGAGAUAGCGCUGAUGGUCCUUGCAAACUUCAAACCUUGCUCAAGAAUCCUCAAGAUUCUGGACUGGUUCGAAGAGCCAAAACACUAUGUUGUCAUUCUGGAACGGCCUGAACCAUGUCUGGACCUCCAUGAAUUCUCCAGCAAGCAAGGUGGAUGUUUGACUGAGGUCGUGGCUCGCCAUGUGAUGUUUCAGCUGAUGGAGGCGCUGACACAUUGUAAGAGCCAGGGGAUACUGCACCGUGAUGUCAAGCCAGAAAACAUCCUUAUUCAGACAGGCACAUGGCAGGUCAAGCUGUUUGACUUCGGUUGCGGAGACCUCGUCAAAGACUAUUACAAUGACUUCGCAGGCACAUCUGAAUAUGCCCCUCCUGAGUGGUUCAUCCAGGGGCAGUAUCGGGCAGACCCAGCUACCGUCUGGUCUGUGGGAGUGACACUGUACAGGCUGGUGUGUGGCUGUCUGCCUUUCAGGACCACUGAGGAAACAAAAAUUGGCUAUUUGUUCUUCCCUGAAAGUCUGUCUCAAGGCAAGAAAGUAGAAAGACUGAUAAGCUAUGGACUAAUUAAUAGCAGACUGAACUAUACCUUAUACACAGACUUGAGCAGAGAAAGAAGUGUUCAUUUAUUUUAAUGUAUUAUAUUUUAUGACUAUGUAUUAAUUAGUCAAUAUGAUAAAAUUGACAGGAAAUGUGUAGAGUUACAAGUGUGAGGAAUUUCUAAUGUACUCUACAGCAUUUUCGUUAAAGGAUUAUUUAUAAUAAAGCAGGUUCUUUACGGGGUUAAGUAUUAGAUUCUUCUUUCUAUGUCUUAUUGAUUCAUGUACCUGGGUAUUGUGUAACAGAGUGCAGCGAUCUGAUCCGUUGGUGUCUGAGACCCAAUGAAGAAGACAGACCCAGCCUGGAGGAAAUAGAGUUUCACCAAUGGUUUUACUAACCAGAUUUCUGAAGGGCCAGUGUACAGGAGACAGGGACCACUGCACUAACCUCCUCUUAAAAAAUUGUAAUAUAUCUGAACUUUUGUUAAGAAUUGUACAGAACUUUUGUACAGAAUUUCUAAUUAAUUAUAUAACUGUAAAUACAUCUGUAUAUAAUUAGUUUUUUAAUUUUUCAUUAUCUCAUUAUUUUUGUGCUUUUUUUAAUAAAAGAAUAUUUUUUGUUAUCAUGGAUAAGUGUGUAGGAAGGUCAGGGCAAAAUGAGAGCAUUACUAUUGCUUCCGUAAGAAAUGACUUGAUAUGUCACUCCCAAAUAUUUGUUAGAAACAGCAAAAAUGAAAAAUAAAAACAAACAUGACAUGAUUGCUGGUGGUGCACAGUAUAUAAUUAGCUUGUUUCUUUUCCUGUUACUUUAGCUUUCUUUGCAGAGCAGACAAUCCUGCACACUAACAAAGAUUUCCCAACCAAUCCUUCCUCCACAAUUUCUUCAGUUCACAUAAAGGAUUUCUUUCUAUUUAAAACAUUUUUUAUGAAAGAAAUUUUUCAUCUAUUUUUCAUCUAUUAACCAUCUAACUGUACAGGGGUAAUUACUUUCCAACAUUCAUUAUCAUGGCUGUGAUUGGCAUAAUGCACCAGAAUUUUUAUAAAGAAAUGUUCAUCUGAGAGAGUAUCUUUGU